CGGCGCCACCUCGAGAUCUUCACGCCCCCGGGCGGCGGCGGCCAUGGCGGGGCGGCCCCGGAGCCGUCCUCGCAGCCCGGGCCGGACGCCGGCGGCGACUUCUACUUGCGCUGCCUCGGCAAGAACGGCGUUUUCGUGGACGGCGUGUUCCAGAGGCGCGGGGCGCCGCCACUGCAGCUGCCGCGCGUGUGCACGUUUAGAUUCCCGAGCACAAACAUCAAGAUCACGUUCACUGCCCUGUCCAGUGAGAAGAGGGAGAAGCAGGAGGCUCCCGAGUCCCCGGUGAAGCCCGUGCAGGCCCACAUCUCGCCCCUGACCAUCAACAUUCCAGACACUAUGGCCCACCUCAUCAGUCCCCUUCCCUCCCCUACAGGAACCAUCAGUGCUGCAAACUCCUGCCCAUCCAGCCCCCGGGGGGCAGGGUCUUCGGGGUACAAAAUGGGCCGUGUGAUACCAGCUGACCUCAAUUUAAUGGCCGACAACUCGCAACCAGAAAAUGAAAAGGAAGCUUCUGGUGGAGACAGCCCAAAGGAUGAUUCAAAGCCACCUUACUCCUAUGCACAAUUAAUUGUACAAGCAAUUACGAUGGCUCCUGAUAAACAACUUACUCUAAAUGGAAUUUAUACUCACAUCACUAAAAAUUAUCCAUACUACAGGACUGCGGACAAGGGCUGGCAGAAUUCAAUUCGCCACAAUCUCUCUCUGAAUCGCUAUUUCAUCAAAGUACCACGUUCCCAGGAAGAACCAGGCAAAGGCUCAUUCUGGAGGAUAGACCCUGCCUCUGAAAGCAAAUUAAUAGAGCAGGCUUUUAGGAAAAGACGGCCUAGGGGCGUGCCUUGCUUUAGAACCCCUCUGGGACCGCUCUCCUCUAGAAGUGCCCCGGCCUCGCCCAAUCACGCUGGAGUGCUGUCUGCUCACUCCAGUGGUGCCCAGACCCCCGAGAGCCUGUCGAGGGAAGGUUCACCGGCCCCCCUGGAGCCUGAGCCCAGCGCCUCACAGCCCAAACUGGCCGUCAUCCAGGAGGCACGGUUUGCCCAGAGUGCACCAGGCUCUCCCCUGUCUAGUCAGCCCGUUUUAAUCGCCGUGCAGCGGCAGCUGCCACCAACGAUCAAGCCCGUCACCUACACGGUUGCCGCCCCCGUGACCACCUCGACCUCCCAGCAGCCUGUUGUGCAGACGGUGCACGUCGUCCACCAGAUCCCUGCGGUGUCCGUCACCAGUGUGGCCGGUCUGGCCCCGGCGAGCACGUACACUGUCGCCGGCCAAGCCGUGGUCACUCAGGCGGCUGUGCUGGCCCCUCCGAAGGCCGAGCCUCAGGAGAAUGGCGAUCACAAAGAGGUCAAAGUGAAAGUGGAACCUAUUCCCGCGAUUAGCCACGCCACGCUGGGCGCCGCGAGCCGGAUCAUUCAGACGCCACAGGCUACCCCCGUGCAGACGGUCACCAUAGUGCAGCAGGCUCCUCUAGGUCAGCACCAGCUACCGAUCAAAACUGUAACGCAAAAUGGGACUCAUGUGGUGCCAAUCCCUGCCGCCGUCCAUGGCCAAGUGAACAAUGCAGUGGCGAGUCCUCUGCACAUGCUGGCAACACAUGCGUCGGCGUCGGCCUCCCUCCCCACAAAGCGUCAGAAUGGCGACCAGUCUGAGCAGCCGGAGCUGAAGCGGGUCAAGACUGAAGAUGGAGAGAGCAUCGUCAUCGCGCUGAGUGUGGACACGCCGCCGACAGCCGGCAGGGAGAAGGGGGUCCAGAACUAGCGACUGGGACAGCUUUUCGUACUUUAAUGUCAACUCUGUGGUGCCAAAAGGAGACACUGCCUCUCACCGACGCUCGGAGCACCGUUUCGGUGGGUAGAGGGCCCUGCGGUUGGACUUCACCUCAGCACUGAAUACACAAAACCCAGGUGGCCUUAAACUCCUUAAGGACAGAAGUCACACCUGAACAAAACCACAUGCAGCAAAACCUGGCUGUGGCAGUGUCUCCCCAGCCCCAGCUCAGCUCGUAACUCCAGAGCAGAGACGCGAGGUCCUGGGUGAGCCCGUGCCUAGGGCAGGCACCGUCCUCGCCACCCUGCCAGGACCCUCAGAGCUGGCACUGGGAAGGGAGACCGUGUUUCGUUGUCCACAUGUGGAGUUAAGAGUGUUUUGAGGUGUACUUAAUGAAAUAAUGGGGUCUUUGACAUUUCAGAUCACUCCAUUUCUACUCUGGAAAUUUUGGAAUCACACAGGACUUUUUGUGUUGAUUUCAUUUGGGGAAAAGAAACAAUGUAGUUUUGUUUUCUUUGUUUUCAGCCUAUGGAAUGAUUUCCUUUUGUCUGUCCUGUUAGGGUUGUGAGGAGCUACCAGAUGGCAUCCGCAGGGUUUCCGUGUUAGAGCAGGUGCCGGAUGCGUUUAGGAUGGACAGACAGACUGACUGGACAGACGGAUGCCCGCGCUGGGCUGCAUGUAGCCAUGACCGAAAGAACUGCCGGACUCUCCGAGCUGCACUUACUUAACUGGUUCUCUUUCCUGCUACUUUUUGUUGUUUGUUUCUUUGUGUUGACUUUGUCCCUGGCAUAAUUUUCCACUCUAAGUAAAACAAGCCUCCUAAGUGUUGUGUGUGUUUAAAACGACAGAACUGUUCCUACUUCAUUUGGAAAAAAGAUUCCGUCUUCUUCCCCACGCCCUUUCCAGACAAGAGUCACAGGUCUCUCCGUGGCACGUCUGCUAGUCGCAGUCACCGGCUCAAGGCACAGAGCCAUCGUCCAGCCAGCCGGUGACGCUGCGGCCUGCCCAGCGUGCAGGGAGCAGCAGGUGCCUGUGAGGAGAGGCUGCGUGCUAACCCGAGGGCCUUGGAAACAUCCAGGUCCUUCUCUGAUUUGUGACAGGAAAUCCCCCUCAGCCUUUCAGAGCUGAAGCAGGCCUAAAGCUGACUUCUCGCCUACAAGACACAAAAGUGAGGUGAAAGGAAACAGGUGAGUGAAUGAGCAGUAGGCCCCUCCCUCCCCCUCCCGCCCGCCCGGCCUCAGUCCCACUGCCCCUGAACAAAACCGCUGGCUUUUCCAGAGCCUUCCAAGGGGUAAGGGCUGAGCAGCUGUGCAAAUAGAAGAGGGUUUUGGCCUUAUUGUGAACUUUUAAAUGUCAUCAUCAUCAUCAUCAUCAUGUUAUUUAUUUAAAUGUAGUUAUUUUGGUAUUUAAUUUUUUUUUUAAGAGAAGGAAAAACCCUGUAUUUUCCUGGUGGAGUAAAACGGCUCAGAAUGGUAUAUUUAGGCAAUUUUAAAACCUUAUUUACCUACAGACCAAAUAUGAUAAAUCUGUUCUAAGUAUUGUGUGUCAACCCACAGUACAGAGCUGUCACGAUGUUACUGCAGAUAAUGCAUAUUAAAAAUAAUGAAAUUACUGCACACUAGCUGGAUUUAUAACUCAGCCAUUUAAAGAAAUAAAAACAGAACCAUCACGUGAACGAGACCCCACAUGUGUGACCGUGGCAAACUCUGACUUGCAGGCUGAAAUGUGGAUGGAUCAGAGCCCGCAGGGCAGCUGUCUGCAUCUUCCAGGCACUUCACAGAUCGCCUUGGAAUGUAUCGUUUUUGUCUUUUUACUCGAAGGUUUGCAAUUUGCAAAAUAACUCCCAUUGCGUUGUGUCUUGUGUAGGGUCAGGCCGCUCCACCGAGUGGUCCAGACCUGCCACUCACCGUGGGCCGUGGCUGAGCCCUGGGCGGGUGGACGGUCAAGAAGACCCCAGUGCGAGCACGGCCGGUGCGUUGUGCAUCUACCUGCAGCCGUGUCUCCACAGCAGUGUGCCCGUCACCGUCCAGAGGACGGAGUCCAGCCGUCAGUCGGUUAUUUCCGAGCCUCAGACAUAGACUUUGGGUCUGCAGGGACUUCUGCUGGGCUUGUAGACUUUAAAAAAAGUGCCCAGUUCUCAGAGUUUUAAAGAAGAGAGGAGGAUGGUUCUCUGCUGUGAGGGAGCUGGCGUGUGCCUUUUCCAAGAGGAUUUGAGGCCUCCUCCUCCGUGUUGUCUUGUUCAGUUGGCCGAUUGAUUGGCAUUCGGAAAUUUAAGAAUAUCCAGGAAGGGCAGGAAAGCAGCAUGGAUUAGUAAGCAGUUGUAUCCCAGGCACCUGAAAGACUUUUCCAGUUUAGCUCUGAAUUCCUAAGAGCCCUCAAAACCUCCAAGGCCACUGAGCUUGCGUCCCUGCCUCCCUGCUUGGCGUCUGGUGCCUCUUGUUGCUCUGAACUAACUGCCAGCUGUUCCCUGGAAGUCCCUAAAAGUCUUAUUUUAAGAGGUUUCUGCUUUGACCUUUGCCAAGCUUCUGAGCUCCCCAUGAGACUAGAAACUUCAUUUGAACAGCUUUGCCCCAAACAACAAAAAUACGAAAGAGACACUCACCUGUGAGCCCCGUGACACGGUGUGUCUGGGCAGGAGUUGGAAUCCCUCUGACUCUGGAGCCCUUUGAGUCUCCACGUGGACAGUUGAGCUCCUUAAAGACACUGCGCCCUUCGCCAUCCUCCCCAAAGCAGCAGCACAGACCCUGAGUCAUGGUCAGAAGGGAGGGGGGCAGCCCCAGGACUUGGGAUUUCCAUGCUAUGUGACAGAAGGAGAUCGGUGACAGUCUUCAAGUCCUAACGUCCACAAUCCUAGAAAGCAUAGUGGUGAUUUGUGUGCAAAGAUUUUAAAUUUUAAAAUUACCAAGUUCCUGAAAUUCAAUAAAAUAUUUUUACUAAUUUUAA